CAGGCCUGCGAUCGCUCAGGCAGCCACUGCCGUCACAGAGUGCACGGUCGUGGAAACCCAUCCGCGCCCUCAGUGUGAUUUCGGCUGUGCCUGGGCUUUUGGACCCCGAAGAAUGGAGAUGGUGAGCCCGUCUCCGCAAAAUAUGACAAAGCCCCCCCCGCCUCGUUUGCCUUGGCGACUCUCGACUAUGACCCGCCCUGCGAAUUUGGUUAUCCGACACUCUAAUUCCCCUUAUUGCGCUUGUCCAUGGCUUGGGCGUCAAGCGCGCCCACCCGGGCGUGGAACUCCGUCUCCGUCAACGCUCCCUGCUUCCUACUGCGGUCUGACUUUCGUAAGUACUGCAAGCAUGCAUCUGGGGCUGUCAUUACCCUUCUCCCCACUCCUGCAGUUGCGACUGCAAGUGUGUGUUACCGCCGAGACACGCUCCGCCGUCAGUCAAGCAUUCUGUUCAUCACUCUCCACCCAUCACAUCAGCCAUCACAUCAGCCGUGUCGGCAUCUAGACCAACUUUGUUUUUCCCGGCCCGCCAGACCGAUACU